GUCUGCCCUAUAGUUAAACUGCGUUGAGACUCCAUGUGGAUCUGGAUCUGGAUCAUCCUCCAUUCUCGCUCCUCUACAUAGCCUCGCUCCAAACCUUAAACCCCACAACAUCGUCGCAACAAUGGUAGCUACACAGGUCAGUACCGCUACCGGCGGUGGUGGCUGGAGACAAAUGACAAGCUUCACCCACCAAAUGAUCACCGGCCACUGGUUCAUGGUCUUCGCGUCUCUGCUUAUCAUGGCAGUCGCCGGCGCUACCUAUAUUUUCGGUUUAUACUCAAACGACGUCAAGACCUCGUUAGGCUACGACCAAACCACUCUCAACCUGCUCAGUUUCUUCAAAGACUUGGGUGCCAACACGGGCAUCUUGUCCGGGUUGAUCAACGAGAUCACUCCUCCUUGGGUGGUCCUCUCCAUCGGGGCCAUCAUGAAUUUCUUCGGCUAUUUCAUGAUCUGGCUCGCCGUCACCGGCCGUAUUGCCAAGCCCCGACUCUGGCAAAUGUGUUUCUACAUUUGCAUUGGGGCUAAUUCCCAGACUUUUGCCAAUACCGGUGCUUUGGUCACAUGCGUUAAGAACUUCCCCGGAAGCCGCGGCAGCGUUUUGGGGCUUCUCAAGGGUUAUGUUGGGCUCAGCGGCGCCAUCAUAACUCAGCUUUACCAUGCCUUCUAUGGCGACGACACCAAAUCUCUCAUCUUGCUCAUUGCUUGGAUUCCCGCAGCUGUUUCCACCAUUUUCCUCCCAACAAUCCGGAUAAUGAACACCACUCGGCAACCCAAGGAGCUCAAAGUUUUCUAUAAUCUUCUUUAUAUCUCGCUUGGGCUAGCCGGGUUCCUCAUGGUAUUGAUCAUCGUGCAGAACAGGCUGAGCUUUGCGAGGAUUGAAUACGCGUUCGAUGGCCUUGUGGUUCUGUUUUUACUUUUUCUCCCACUUGCCGUGGUUUUCAGGGAGGAACUCCGCCUCUGGAGAGCCAAAAACCAAGCCUUGACCGAUGCUUCUGAAGUGAUGGUCGUCACUGAAGCUCCACCUUCAAUGACGGAACCACCUCAGACCCAGCUAGAAUGUUCCUCCACCACCACCAAGUCAGAGAAGCAAAGUUCCUGUCUGAGCAACGUUUUCAAACCACCGACCAGGGGAGAGGACUAUUCCAUUUUGCAAGCUUUGUUCAGCAUCGACAUGGUGGUUCUGUUCACUGCCUCAACUUUCAGUGUCGGCGGGACACUGACUGCUAUUGACAACAUGGGACAAAUCGCAAAAUCUUUGGGAUACCCGAGUAAGAGCACCUCCACCUUCGUGUCCUUAGUGAGCAUAUGGAACUAUUUGGGACGAGUAGUCUCUGGUUUCACCUCUGAAAUCUUCCUGACCAAAUACAAAUUCCCUCGUCCUUUGAUGCUCUCUCUAGUCAUGCUCUUGUCAUGUGUCGGACAUCUUCUAAUUGCCUUCGGUGUCCCCAAUUCUCUCUACUUGUCCUCCGUGAUUGCCGGAUUUUGCUUCGGAGCACAGUGGCCGUUGAUAUUCGCCAUCAUAUCUGAAAUAUUCGGCCUCAAGUAUUACUCCACUCUGCUCAAUCUGGGAGCAGUGGCGAGCCCUGUGGGAGCUUACAUACUGAACGUGAGAGUGACAGGCUCUUUAUACGACAAGGAGGCUUCGAAGCAAUUGCAGGCAAAAGGGUCGACAAGGAAAGCAGGGGAAGAUUUAAGUUGCAUAGGAGUUCACUGCUACAGGAUGGCCUUUCUCAUAAUCACAGCGUCGACAGUUAUAGGGUGCUUGAUCUCCUUCAUAUUGGUGAUCAGGACUAGAAAAUUCUACAGAGGCGACAUGUACAGUAAGUACCGAAUGGAAACACGCACUGUGAUGGCUGCUCCUCCAGGUGGCACUGUUUCGCUAGAGGCAGAAUCUCAUGCAAAUAAUGCUUCCUUCAACGCUAACGCGAACGGCGGCAAAGGAGAUUCAGAUAAAAACAGUAGAAAGUGAAGGCGGUGGAAUGUGUAACGUGGAUUCGAUGUUUUUGUAUGUUACGGAUUAGAAUAUCUGAUCACUUGUCUUUCGUAGCUUUGAAUUGAGAAUAGUGGAAAAAUGCCUGUCAGUUUGAUCAAACGAUUACAUAGAUUUCUCUCUGAAAA